CCAACGCCGGAAGUCACCAGUAGCAACAAUUCUCCCCUAUUGCCCGUGCAACCACUCGAGAGCACAGCAACCCUCACCUCCACGAUCGCCGCUCCCCAGGUGUCAGCACCUAACGCAUGCUACCGCUCUUGCUUUAGAGGCCGGAGCUUUAUUGCAUAAUCGAGAGGAUAGCCAUGUCGUCGCUGCAGGGCCUGCCACCACUGCCACGCAGCCUGAGCGGCUUCAACCUCAACGGCGCUGGUCUAGUCGACGGCUCGGCACCCCCGCCGCCCGCCAGGUCGACCAGCAAGGCCAGCCAGCAGCGCUCUUCCAAGACGCCGAGCUCCACGAGCUCGCUCUCCAGCCAGGGAUCCACGAGACCCUCGCCCCAGGGCCGACAGCUCACGACUCUCGACACCCAACUGGCCAUACUCAGGCGGGAGAUGGUAAGCGCCCCUUCUUACCUCUUUGUCGACAUCAUCGGACCCAUGACGUUACUUACUCAAUGGCCAUUACUUAUUUUCUUCAACGUCCACGUGCACACGUCGGCCUAGCUGGUACAAUGUAUUUUUAUAUUUCCUUCCCUUUAAUUUCAAAAGGCUCGUUCAAGCCGAUCGAUCACGAGCUCGUUCGCGUGGAUUGAUUAAUGUUCCCAACUGUGCCGUAAUGGGUCACGGCGCUCUGUUAUUUUCUCUCGUGUGCGCGGGCCAUUAUGUGC